AUGGCCAGUCAGGAGCAUGGGGAACAGCCAGAGAACAAAACACAGGACGAAGAUGACAAAAACCUAAAUAGAAAACAAUUCCGCUCACCCUGUAACCCCCGUACCCCGCACACUCCGUACACUCUGUACCCUCUGCACCCCGCACACCCUGUAACCCCCUGUACCCCGUACACCCUGACCCCCCGCACUCCUCACACCCUGUACCCCCUGCACCCCACACAUCCUGUACCCCCCACACUCCGCACCCCUCUGCACCCUGUACCCCGCACACCCUGCACCCUCCGCACCCCCGCACACUCCGCACACCCGUACCCCGUGUACCCCCUGUACCCCGUGUACCCCGUGUACCCCCUGUACCUCGCACACCCUGUACACCCUGUACCUCCCGUACCCCCUUACCCCGUGUACCCCCUGUACCCCCUGUACCUCGCACACCCUGUACACCCUGUACCUCCCGUACCCCCUGUACCCCGCACACCCCGCACACCCUGCACCCCCUGUACCCCCUGCACCCAGUACCCCGUGUACCCCCUGUACCCCCUGUACCUCGCACACCCUGUACACCCUGUACCUCCCGUACCCCCUUACCCCGUGUACCCCCUGUACCCCCUGUACCUCGCACACCCUGUACACCCUGUACCUCCCGUACCCCCUGUACCCCGCACACCCCGCACACCCUGCACCCCCUGUACCCCCUGCACCCAGUACCCCGUGUACCCCCUGUACCCCCUUCCAUAUAGUCACUAA